UGCAUAUCAUAGUAGUACGCCACCACCCCUCGAUCUGGCACACCUACCAAUGUGCAGUGUAUACCAUAUCGUCCUUCUCUGUGGCAAGCGCGCAUAGCCGGGCAACAACCAUCACGAGCUAUUGGCCAGCGAAGAUCAACUGGGUGACGAUGGCCAGCAGCAAACCACCGGCAUCAUCAUCGGCGGCGGCCGUGGACGCGGAGGUGGUCAUCGUUGGCGCCGGGAUCGGGGGGCUCGCGACCGCCCUGGCGCUGCGCCGGGUCGGCGUGGGCGUGGCCCGGCCUGGCGGCGUUCUGGUCCUGGAGCGGCACCCCGAGCUGCGCUCCACGGGCGCCGCGCUCACCAUCUUCCCCAACGGCUGGUUCGCGCUCCGCGCCCUCGGCGUAGCGCACAAGCUCACCUCCCGCUACGAUGCCUUCGAAACAUCCCGAGUGACCACUCUUGAAACUGGAGAGACGCAGGUAUUCCGCUUUGCCGGAGACAAAAGCAGAACUAGCGACGACGUCAGAGUGAGGCCGAUGCAUCGAAAGGCGCUGCUGGAGGCGCUCGCGGAGGAGCUCCCUGCAGGCACCAUCCGGUUCUCUUCCAAGCUCGUCUCCAUCAGCACCGAGACGGCCGAGGGUUCGCCGGACAUCGCCGCCCUACGGUUAGACGACGGCACGGUGAUCCGCGCCAAGGUGGUGAUCGGUUGCGACGGGGUGCACUCGGUGGUGGCGGAGUGGCUGGGCCUGUCCGAGCCGGCGAGCUCAGGCAGGUCUUGUGUCCGCGGGCUGUCCGUGUUCCCGGACGGCCACAACCUGAAGAAGGAGCUCCGGCAGUUCCUCUCGGAGGGUCUCAGGGCCGGCAUGGUGCCCAUCAGCGACACUGACGUCUACUGGUUCCUCGUCAACAACACCAUCGGCGCAGAGAAAGAAGCCGGCGCGGACCCCGUGAAGAUCCUGCGGGAGGUGACCGACAACCUGGGCAGGAACAUGCCGGCGGAGUACCUGGACGUCGUGCGCCACUCCGACCACGGCAACCUCUCAUGGGCUCCCUUGCUGUACCGGCCACCGUGGGCCAUCCUGAGAGGCCCAGCAGCCCGCGGGCCGAUCACGGUGGCCGGGGACGCGUUCCACCCGAUGACGCCUGACAUGGCACAGGGCGGGUGCUCGGCGCUGGAGGACGCCGUGGUGCUCGCCCGGGCUCUGUCGCGGACGGACGUGCCACCUGCCGAUUGCGUGGCCGCCUACGUGGCAGAACGACGUGGCCGGGCGGCCUGGCUGGUCGCCGGGGCCUACCUGUCCGGCUGGGUCCAGCAGGGUGGGACCAACGUGCGGGGCUUGUGGGCGUACCUGGUCAGGAUGUUUCGUGACUGGAUCUUUUACAGGUUCUUGUUCCCAAAACUAGCGGAUACAAUGUGGUUCGACUGCGGUGAUCUGGUGCCGCGGACGGAGGAUGGCAAGCGCCACUUGGAGUAAAUUGGAUGUUUGUACUCCGUUCAUUAUACAGUGUGUCCUAAUCUGGGAACCUUCAGUAUACUCGGUGGAUCACUGAACAUAAUGGGAGGAUGAGAGUAACUGCAGUCCAUAAUUUCAGAUAUCAGCGUAGUACAGUACAAGUCCUCGGUUGGUUGCAUGCGCAGGAUGAUCUAUAGUCUACCUGAUGCAUAUCCAGCCAAAGAAGACACUUGCCACUGUUGCUGUAAAAAAACAUACUUUCCACUGCUUAAGCAAGUACCAGCCCUUUUCUAAAACAAAA